GUCCCGAUUCUGUGCCUUUAUCAGUCCCAAUUCUGUGCCUUUAUUAGUCCCGAUUCUGUGCCUUUAUUAGUCCCGAUUCUGUGCCUUUAUCAGUCCCGAUUCUGUGCCUUUAUCAGUCCCGAUUCUGUGCCUUUAUCAGUCCUGAUUCUGUGCCUUUAUUUGUCCCGAUUCUGUCUUUAUCAGUCCCGAUUCUGUGCCUUCAUCAGUCCCGAUUCUGUGCCUUUAUUAGUCCUGAUUCUGUGCCUUCAUCAUCCUGAUUCUGUGCUUUUAUCAGUCCUGAUUCUGUGCCUUUAUCAGUCCCGAUUCUGUGCCUUUAUUAGUCCUGAUUCUGUGCCUUUAUCAGUCCUGAUUCUGUGUUUGUAUUGGUCUUGA